GGUAUUUCCAAGUGUAGUUUACAAGGACAGUUAAUUUAUUCCUGACAAAUUUUGUCUACUAAAUGUAAAAUAUUGACCAGAAAACAAUAAGCAGAUUAAGCUCAGAAUGGACAGAGAGGACCGUAAACGUUACUUCAUUGUUGGUUCUGUUAUAUUGGAGAUCGUUACACCAGUUUUCAGACAGAGGCUAGAGAAAGACUACAAAAGUAAAGGAUUAGGAAGUCUACAGGAUUUCAUCAACAGUAAACCUGUCAUACACAUCCUGUUUCACCUCCGCCAUAAAAAUAUACAAUGUUGUGUUGACAGCGCCAACUGUGUAAAUCAUGGUCCACUUCCUCUCAACUACAGCCAAUGGGACCUAUUGUAUAUAGAAACUCCAACACCAGGUUUCCACCACUGUUUUUGCAAGUAUUCAGCCAAAGCUACUAUCACACUGGAUGACCUUGACAUUACCUUGACAAGUCUGAUUUUGAUGAAUUGCUGCAAUCUAUCACCAAAUGAGCUUUCAUUGAUUUCUGAUCUGCGGCAGUUUAAGAAUAAUUACCUUAGCCACAACACAAAAGGUGCAAUCACUCAAGCCGAGUACACAACACUAUUUGGAGAUCUUACAACAUAUGUCCUUCAACUUGACCCCAGUAAACAAGAUGACUUCAUUAGGAUACAGAACAGAUCAUUGGAUGAUUCACUGUGCAACAAAUAUGUUGUUUUUCUUCUGGAAAUCCACCAGAAGCUUGAAGAGAUUGACACCAGAAUACAAAACAUAGGGGCAACUACUGCAGACAUUCAUUCAACUUCAACAGAAAUACUGAGUACAAUGAACAUCAACAAUGCUGAGUUAAAGGCUAAACUAGAGGAAGUGUUACAACAGUUGAUAAAAAACCAAACUAAUAAACAAGUUGACCAACCAAAUAAGCCCUACAUACUAGGACAGUCUAUCUUUAUACUACAUCAUGAGAUAAACCUGACAUUAGUAGUUGGUGUUCUUGCCAGAAGAUAUAUAACAGAUAUAGUGAUGAUGGAUGAUGGUAGACUAGUGAUAUGUUUACCUCUACAGGACAGACUACAGAUCUGUAACACAGAUGGAUCACCGAUAGACAGUAUAGAUGUACAGGGUAAACCAUGGUGUGUUACAGCAGUCAACAACUCUACAGUAGCUGUUACACUGAUACGUAGUGAGUGUAUAGAGAUGUUUGACAUAAACAAUAAACUCAAACUUAAAUCAAUAUCAGUACCUGGAAUGUGGUGGAGAGGCAUUACAACUAUAAACAACAAGUUAGUUGUAGGUGGUAAGGACAGACUACUGAUCAUAGAUCAUCAGACAGGAGAGGUGGUACAGACAAUACAGACGGACUGUCAUUCUGGCAGGUUACAUGGUUCUGGUGACAGAAUAUUCUACUGUGAUAACAACAAUAACAACCUGUACUGGUACAGUUAUACUGAUGACAGACAUCACACCCUAACAUUACCAUCACGACCCUGGAGGAUGACUACACUACAAGAUGGCAGUCUGUAUGUGAUGUGUAAGGAUGGAUCAGUACAACAUGUGUCAUCUGAUGGUAAACAGUGCAAGACUGUGAAGACUAAAGGACUAAAAUCAAUAGACAAUGGUUGUAGUUUGUAUUACAAUUGCAAACAGAGAAAACUGGUUACUGGUUAUUCUAUUUCUAACAUAAACAUCUUUCAUGAGAAUUAAAAUCAGUUCACAGUACAUUAAGUGUUUCUUGAUAUAAUUAGCAUAAAAACUAUAAAUAUUUCAUGAAUAAUAAUAAGAGGAAAUCUUGGACAUAUUCUAUUAGAAUAAGACAGCAACCAAACAACACAAGAAACCAAAAGCAAAUUUUCAUUUAAAUCCUGUAAUCUUAUCCUUUGAAAUUUUGAUUACACUAAUUUAGAUUCUGCAAGUGUUUUCAGACAAGAUUCUUGUACAUGUAUGACUAUUAAAAAUAAAUAUAUUCUAUUAGAAAACAAAAUAUGUGUCUUGAAAAAUGUAUUGAGCAUUAUUUACAUUGUACACAUACUACUGCUUUACAUUAUUCCUUUGCAUUAAAUAAAAAGUGAACAGUUGAAGGAAAUAUUAAAAUGGAGAUUUUAAGCUAUAUGUAAUAGUUUGAAAUAAACAGGGCAGUUUCAACGAGGAUUAACAAACUGAUUAUAUUUUUGUCUUGAAAAAACUCUGAAAAUGUACUGCAUGUAAGGUGUUAAUUAUUUAACAUUUUGUUGAUUUUAAAAAUAUGAGUCAAAAUAUAUGCAGCAUAAUUUCAAAUUCAAUUUAUCAAAUUUUUAAAGGCCUGUAUGCAUCAUUGAAUUGAACCAAUCCAAGAAGAUUUUUUGUAAAUGAUUUAAUAUGUGUCAACCAAAUAAUAUUGACAUGUCUUGGGUGCAUGUAUUUAAAACAAUUUGCUAAGUCAACAAAAUUUCAGAACUUUUUCCCAUAUAUUUGAGGUUUGCUGACCCAAAUAUUUCACUUUGGACAUAAAAUUCUUAAUUUGAAAGGAAAUUAUGUUUUUAUACACCCUGUACAUGUUUUUUGCAUAUUUUCACAUAAUUUUGCUGAGUUUUGAUACAUUGUUGAAAAUUCUUCAGUAUUUGUUUUUCAUUUAAAUGAAAUCAGAAAAUCAAAACUUUAGCCUGUGCUAUCAGCAUUUGAAUCAAUCAUCACAAAUUUGUGAUUUUUUUCAAAAUAGAUUAUGUAAAAGUAAAACAGUUUUGAUAGUUUGAAAAGUGAGAAAUUUUAGUAAGUGGACUUUAAGGAGCUAGUUUCCCAUGAAUUUGAUCUUUUGAUCAUAGUUGCUUGCUAUAGUUUAAUUUAGGAAAUUGUUGCAAAACCUUUGAAACUUGAUUAGUUAAUUUUGACAGAUUUUGAAGGCAAUUGCUUCAGUUUUAAUAAUUUAAUAUUGUUUCAACAGUAGUUUUCUUUGAAUUAAUAUGUUAAUAUUUUUUUUAAGUUUCUAAAUUUUUACCGGAAACAAAUAGGAAAUUAAAAAGUAAUAUUUUUUGCCAGUUUAAAAAAUGUGGUGUCCACACAAAGUGGAAAUCACAUUUAACCUAAAAAAGUUAGAAGGAUCUACUUUUUAUCAAAUAAUAACUAGAUAUCAUUAAGAUGGGAGCCAUCUCUGUGGGCCCCGCUGUGAAUAAUGUGUGGUAAAAAAUUUGUAUCUUUAUCAUUGGACAUGGGGUUGUCAAAUGAAACCAAAGUUUUUGACCUAGGAAGUUGUACAUAAAUUAUGACACACCCUCUGGUGUUGGUUUAUAUACAUAUCAAGUAUAAACUUUGAAAUCAUAACGGUUCUCAAGAUAGAGAGCGGACACGAUCUUUACCAUAGGACAUGGGGUUGUCAACUAAAACCAAAGUUUUUGACCUUGACCUUUGACCUAGGAAGUUGUACAUACAUUAUGACACACCCUCUGGUGUUGGUUAAUAUACAUAUCAAGUAUAAACUUUGAAAUCAUAACGGUUCUCAAGAUAUAGAGCGGACACGAUCUUUACCGUAGGACAUGGGGUUGUCAACUAAAACCAAAGUUUUUGACCUUGACCAAUGACCUAGGAAGUUGAACAUACAUUAUGACACACCCUCUGGUGUUGGUUAAUAUACAUGUCAAGUAUAAACUUUGAAAUCAUAACGGUUCUCUAGAUAUAGAGCGGACACGAUUUGUUACGGACGGACGGACGCACAAACGGACGGACAGACUGAUCACUAUAGGGCAGCCGCCAUUCGGCGGGCCCUAAUAAAGGAAGGUCCCAGCAGUAUGAUUUAGGACCUGACAAAUUGGGGAGUAACCCACCAUAAUUAAUCUAAUUGAGUGAAAUAGUUUUAUUUUUUAUUUGCAACAUCAAUAGCAAUUCCCCCCUCAGACAAAGAUCAAAUUGGGUGAUCACCACUAAGCUCCUGAAAAUUUGGGGUUUUACACAACAUUCCUGAAAGUAUUGAGUUUUUUCAUCAUCAUGAUACUGUUGAUUCAUUAUUAUUCGUUGAAUUGGAUACCAAUUUUCAUGGAUUUGGUGGGUAAAGGUAAACCACGAAAUUAAAUGUUCAAAGAAUGACAAAUUUCAUAUAGGCUUGUAUGCAGACUUCGUCAAAGCAACGAAAUAAGAUAUCCACAAAAAUGCAAGUUUUCCUUACUCCACGAAAAUUGGAAUCCACGAAAAUAAAUGAAUCCACAGUAUUGAAUUGAGACAUAUCAUUAUUGAUGUCACAAAUCAAGACGGUCAUCCACUGCUAUCUUAAAUGGAUUUCAUUGAGGAUACUAGUAUAUAUGACAGGACUUUAAUUUGGUAUAUACACUGAUAAGCAGGGUUUUUUUAAUUUAAUUUGUCUGGUUUGAAACAUUCUUAUCAGUUCUGUAUUUGAAAGACCAACUGAUUACUAGGGAUACAAAAUCUGACCAACAGAUAACUGAUUAAAGAAUUCCAACAAGGACACAGAUCAGCAAUUUGAUUGGGUGCUCUCUUUUUAGAAUGAUUUCAAGACGAUUUCUCAAAAUAACAAAGGACAAUAACUUACCAUCAAUUAAUCAGUUAGGGUAAAUUUAGCACUUAGACAGUGGGUAGAAAAAGCAGUUCUGACAUGUAAUUGGGUUCUCCUUUGCAUGAAUGGGGUUUUUUAUCACUUAAAUGACAAAUGAUUGGGUUUUUUGUAUAUUUUAUUGUGUAUUACCUCAAGCAAAUACACAGCAUAUCUUGGGCUCUACAGAUUUACAAUGACAUAUAUAAUGUCUGACUUCAAUAUUUAGUUUGUCAAAGCCUCCUCUCUGUUUCCUAGGCCUAAUUAUAGUUGAAAUCCAGAAAUUUUUGCGAAAUUUCACCAAUAUUUCUCCCAACAGCCAAUUCGGGUUGUAAAUUUGACACUUUUUUAGAAAAACUGAAAUAUUUUUAUCUUAACACAAUUUACAUAAUAUUCAGGAUAAAAUAUAGCCCUAAAUAAACUUGAUACUUUUCAAAUAUAGCAGGACUCAUGUAGUAAUUGUCAAAUCUUUAACAUCAGUUUCAUUUUUAUACUUCAAGAGAUAAAUAAUAUUUAAAUUGGAUCACAAUCUUAAUUGCUUUAUUAUUGUCAUUGUAUUUUGGUAUUUCUUUAAAAUAUAACAGUUUGGUAUAAAGGAAUAAUUGGUAUAAUUUGGUUAAGUAGCAAAUGUAUUGAGACAUAUCUCUCCUCGUUAUUGGGUAUUGAGUAUUCUGGAAAAAAGUCCAGAUUUGGUUUAUAUAUUAGUUGUACAUAGUUGUUUCUCUAGAUUAUUGUGACCACGUGAACAUAGGUUCAUGAAAGAAAUAGAAUUCAUUAUUUAAAAGUAGUUAAUAUUAUUUAUGCCAGACAGUAGCAAAUAAUGGUGGAGUAUCUGGUUUCAAGUAAGCACAUAUCGUACAAUAACUCUGGAUUGUAUUUGAAAUAUUGAAAACUUGAAACAUUUAAAGCACAAUCCUAAACAGUGGGUGUCAAUAUGGAGAUGACCACGAUGUUGACCACAUGUUGACGAUUUUUUAUUUUUUACAAGUAUAUCAUCUGUAAAUAUUGUGAUCUAUAUUCAUUUGCUUGUUUAUCUAACUAUUUGAUUUUUGAUUGUUUUUUUGUAAUAUGACCAAAGUGCCUUGACCAUUUAAGACUAACAGGGUUUGUUUAAUUGUUAAGGGGAUGUUAUAUAUUAGUUUGGUAUGGUCAAGACAUUUGGUUAAGUAGCAUAUGUAUUGAGAGUUAUCUCUCCUCAACCAGUACCGUAAUUAGGUAUUGAGUAUUCCAAAUACAGUCCAGAUUUGGUUUAUAUAUUAGUUGUACAUAGUUGUUUCUCUUGAUUAAUGUGACCACAUGAACAUAGAUUUAUAAAAGAAAUAGAAUAUUAUUUAAAAGUGGUUAAUAUUAUUUAUGCCAGACAGAAGCAUAAAAUGUCUUGUUUUGAUUUUUUCAAAUAAGUUUUUCAAUAUUUCAUGUAUUUAGAAAGAGUUAAAGUUUUGAACAAUUCUAUUUUGAACACAAUGUUGGACUGAAACAUAAAUGUGAUGAAGAAUUAUUGAUACCAUGUAUUAUGAAAUAAAGAAGUCAAAAUAAAAUAUGGAAACUUAA